AUGGCUACGUUUGACUUGGGUGCUUUCGUGGCUGAGCCAACUAGUGAUGUGUUGGACUCGUGUAGAAAAGUUGACUUAUUGGAGAUUGCCCGGCACUAUGACAUACCCGUGUCUGUUACAUUGCGCGUGGGAGAGUUAAGGGAGGCUGUGUUGGCAGGUUUGGUUGCCAGUGAAGUUUUGGUUUUGCCCGAGUCGAGCAAUCUGGAUCAAGGAGUGACCGCGGGAGGCGCAGUGGCGUCCCCCGUGCGUCUUGGGGAGAGCGCGGAUUCCCCACAGCCACCGGUGGGCUCUCCAAAGGUUUUGUUUGGGGAGGCUGAGGAAAAGGUUUGUGUCUUGUCUCCUACUUUGAGUGUGCAUUCUUCUCGUGAUGUGCGCUUGGAUGUGCGCCUUGCACGGCUCAAAAACGAGAAAGAGGAGAGAGAGCGUGACUUCCAGCUCAAGCGUGAGCUCGAGUUAAAGCGCAUUGAGCUGGAGGCAGCCACUGCUCGCGAGGUUGAGUUUAGAAGUGGAGUUUUCCCUGUCGCUGUGCGCGACCAGUUUCCUAUUGACGGGGUGGAGUUUAUUAUGGGGAAUGAUAUCGCAGGUGGGGAAGUGUAUCCCUCUCCGAAAGUGGUUUCUCGCCCCAUUCUCAGCACUGGGAAGGAUGAAUUGGCUGAGGAACACCCCGAGAUGUUUUCAGUGUGUGUGUUGACCCGCGCCCAGUCUAAAAAGUUGGCAGAGGAACAGGGUGAUGUUGAUCUGUAUGAUUCUGUGCUUGCUCCUGUCUUCUCCGGUGUUCGUGCGCCCCCGUGUGGACGACCUGAUGACCACGCCAGGACGAAGGCCAGCAGUGUGAAGUCAACCACCGCUAUGUCCCCUCCACUCACCAGUGACGCUUUGAUUGGAGCUCAAAACCGUGUGUUCGGAGAGUCUUGA